AUGCAUUCCUCUUUUACGCGCUCGAUGCUCUUCUGCGUCGCCCUAGCGACCGCACCAAGCCUUCUCGUGCAAGCUGCCUACAAUUCCGACGACCUUCCGGGUCUUGUGGGGGAGCCCGGCUACGAAGACUAUUCUAAAGGCCCUUGGAAGCCUUAUCUGGCUCAUGGGGAUCCGAAUGCCGCAGUGACGGUAAGCUGGGCCCUCUCUCAGAUCGGUUGUCCUGGCACUUUUCAAAAGGCGUCAGAUUUUGCCAGCGCCAAGACCAUGUGGCAAGACGAGUGCCACAAGCUGGAUGCGAGCGCUGUGGCAUUCAUUCGACAAGAUACUGAAGCUCAAACGGUCAAGAAUAACCCAAAUUGGGCAAAGGUCGAUUGCUAGUGAGUUGUCUCAAACCGUCCAUUUGGCCGCUAUCGUGUCCGCCUGAAGGGCAACGUGACAUUCGUCCGUUCCAAACUGCCCAUGCUGAGAUGUCCUACAUUUGCAAUGCAUCGGAUGCGUCUUGCAGUAUCGGCGACCCUAACACCGGUACGUCCAUCAGCGCCGACGUGCUUAAUAAAAUCUGCUGGUCAUACUACUUCUGGUAGUACGCGUAGAGAAUCGCAAGGUAAGGGGAGAGUGCAAAGGUCCCUCUGAUAUUUGUACCGAGUGCUGACAGGUGAACCCCAGAUUUAGUUCGCAAUAAUGGCGUCACCUCGGAAAGGUACAUCAGUCGAGUACUUCGUUGCCGGUUCGUGUGAGCUUCGCCUUGCAGGCCAAUUGCAGUUGAUUUUACGAUGCGUGUUUCGUUGAAGUCUGAUCGUGCAUGAAGGUGUUCGAGCGCGCGACCUCCAGCGAGCGCAUGUUCGAACCGCAUAACGUCGACUGUGAGCGGCGGCAUGCACCACCUACGAAAGUGCUGUUCUGUGCCCACAUCAGCGUAAGCAAUGCGCCGCCGUUGUCGAGGCUACGCGCCAAGGUUCAUAUGCUGAGACCAUGCCCCUAGAAGUGUGAAGCCGCCGCGUAUUCCUUUAUUCACAUUAUUGUACCUGCGAUUGGCUGCGCAGGGCACUCUAUGCGUCUUGACUUGCUGGCCAAGCGGCCGGCAGCUGCUGCGUCUCGACCCGACUCGUUCGAUGUCGGUACUCUCGCGACCGCAAGCCGGCGCCAAAGGCAAUUUUGGAAGCGGCGGUGGCGGUCGAUCGUCGGCCGCCAAAUAUCAGUCUGGCCCGUCUUCAAAUGGCUCAUUUGUGAAAUGUCGAUGCAUGCCGCUGAUGAGUGUCUACCGAUGGCCGACAGGCACGAGCCGAUUCUUGAGACUGUUGCAACUCCUAUUGUGCUUCCAAAGUCUUCUUUUCAACUGAGCCUCGAGUACCCGUGUGUGACGCUGUUUCAUUUGCGCAGACGUUGCCUUUGGGGCGAGGUGACCUGUGUCCCCACUCAAACCCCCCUCCCACGGGUCCCUAGAAGCGUUUCUUUGUUUACGUAGGGGAAGCGCGUAUAUAAGGGCUUCGAUCUGGUCAGUGAUCAGCUCGGUUUGGAUUCCCCCACACAAACAACCCGCAUCGCUCAAAUUCGCGACGAUUGCCCGAGCUCAACUCACAAAAGUAGCUAUCAUCAUGCGAGGCUCUUGUUUGCGCUCGGUAUUGCUCCUGGUCGUCUCGAUCACGACGAAAAGCCUCUUGGUUCAGGCUUUCCGCAUGCCCAAAGAACCUGAAGAGCCUUGGAAGCCCUAUGUGCGAGAUGGAGAUCCCGUCAACGCUUUGACCGUCAGCUAUGUCCGUGGGGCAGAAUAUUGCCCAGGCAAGUUUCACGGCGCCUCGAAUUUUGUCGCAGCUCAGGCGCUCUGGGCGGCUACCUGCAGCAAGAUGAAUUCUCAGGCAAAGCCUUUCUUCAGGCGGGAUGGCGAAGCUAGUCAGCACAAAGAUGGUCCAUGGGCAAAGGCCGAUUGCUCGUGA